CCGAGAACGUUUAGAAUGGAGAGUGAAGUCCAUCGUCCGAUAGCUGAUUAUCCACCGAAUAUCUGGGAAGAUCUCUUAACUACUUUCUCAAAUUAUGACCUCGGAAGUGAUGAGACAUUGGAAGAGAAACAUAGUAUGCUAAAGGACGCUGUGAAUGAAUCUUUUUUGGCUUCCCUGGUGAAUCCGAUAGAGAAUAUUAAGUUCAUUGACACUUUAUGUCGCCUUGGCGUCUCCUAUCACUUUGAGAUAAACAUCUUAGAGCAAGUGGGGAAGUCAUUUGAUAGUCUUGAUUUUAAUCAGAUGAUAAGACAUGAUGGAUGCGAUUUAUACACUGUUGGACUAGUUUUCCAAGUUUUCAGGCAAUUCGGUUUCAAACUUCCCGCAGAUGUAUUUGAGAAGUUCAGGGAUGGAGAUGGGAAGUUUAAAGGACACUUAGCCGCAGACGAAUACGGUAUUCUAAGCUUGUAUGAAGCUGCACAAUGGGGUACACAAGGAGAAGGCAUUAUUGACGAAGCUCUCGCCUUCUCAAGCCAGUAUUUAAAAGAAUUUUCUUCUCGAUCAAACAACCAUCUCACAAUACGCAUAAAAAAUGCCCUUAAACAUCCCUACCACAAAGGCAUCUCAAGGAUAGAAACAAGACAAUAUAUCUCAUACUACGAGGAAGAAGAGUCGCAUGACGCAACAAUCCUUGAGUUUGCAAAGAUAGAUUUUAAUCUGCUACAGACGUUACAUCGCAAAGAGCUUGCUUGCGUCACAAGGUGGUACAAUAAAACGGAAAUUGAAACUAAAGUAACAUAUUCCAGACAUAGAAUAGCAGAGGCGUACUUGUGGUCACUUGGAGCAUAUUUCGAGCCUCAGUAUUCUCAAGCACGAGUUAUAACAGCUGUUGCACUAAUCCUAUUCACAGCGCUUGAUGAUAUGUAUGAUGCGUAUGGCACAAUGGAGGAACUAGAGCUUUUCACAGAUGGAAUGGAAAAGUGGCUUCCUGUUGCCCCGAACGGGAUACCUGAGAGCAUGAAGCACAUUUACCGUGUCACGGUAGGUUUCUAUGAUAAACUCGAAGAGGAACUUGAGAAGGAAGGAAGGUCUGGUUGUGGCUUCCACCUUAAGAAAUCAUUGAAAACAACAGCGAAUGGAUAUAUGCAAGAGGCAAAGUGGUUGAAAAAUAAUUACAUUGCUACAUUUGACGAGUAUAAAGAGAAUGCAAUCUUGUCUUCUGGUUAUUAUCCCUUGAUAGCCAUGACAUUCGCGGGAAUGGGAGAUGUCGCAAAACUUGAUGCUUUUGAAUGGUUAAGCUCAAACCCUAAAAUUAGGGUAGCUUCUGAGAUAAUCAGCCGAUUCACGGAUGACAUAUCUAGCUACGAGUUUGAACACAAAAGGGAGCAUGUAGCAACGGGUAUUGACUGCUAUAUGAAGCAAUUUGGUGUUUCAAAGGAACAAGCCGUGGAAGCAAUAGAUAACAUUGUUUCAGAUGCAUGGAAGGACUUGAACCAAGAGCUAAUGAGGCCUCACUCAUGUCCUUUCCCUCUUCUGAUGCGAUUUCUUAACCUUUCGCGUGUCAUCGAUGUCUUCUAUAGGUACCAAGAUGCCUACACCCACCCCGAGUUCUUGAAAGAGCACAUCGUAUCUUUGUUCAUUGAAAAUAUACCUAUUUAA